AUUCAUCAGUGUGUGUGUGUGUAUGUGUGUGCGCGCAAAAACAGCGCACGCAUCUGAUCGCGCACACUCACGCACAGUCAGAGCCGGACGCCACGGAUCCCGAGCGCGCUUCACUCCUGGAUUUUAACGGAUUUUCUCCGCUCUUUCCACCGGUUUUUCUGCGGGAAUCAAGCGCUCGAGCUGAAGCCACCGCGCGGAGUUUCUCUGGAUGUUACGCUCGCGGGCACGCGCUGUUUUCGGGCAUCGUUCUGGACACGUUGAUGGAUGUUUGGCACAUGGACUGAUGGAUUUGACAUUAUGGAAGUCUAUCUGUAGGCUGUCAGAUGAGCAUUGCUGUGUGGUCUGGAGCUGCUGAUCGUGUCUUAUGGAUCUCCGCGGUCAGCGUGGGCAUGCGGACCCCGGGGCCGUCCUGUCCCUGGACCAGAUCAAAGCCAUUCGCAGUAAUAACGAAUACACUGAGGGCCCGGCAGUCCCCCGGAGACCGGCCCCGGGACCACCACCGCCACCGCGUCACGCACACAAACAUGAGAGGACUCAUGAAGUGAUCCUGGUGAACGUCAACAAUAAUUACGAGCCACAAUCCUCGUUAUUAGUGCGUCCGCCGGGUCUCAGUAGAUCCACCAGCACCGGGAGCUCCGAGAGCAGCAGCAGUGCAGGAUCCGAGCUGGGUUUACUCUCCAGAACACCACAGCAUCACAGGAACAGCGUACGGACUCAGCCCAAAUCUCUGAACGCUCCCUUUCUGCCGCCGGACGCUCCCCUGAAACAGAUGCAUGCGGAUAGCAGAGACUCUGCGCAUCUGUACAUCUGCGAGAGCUGCGGGAAGUGUAAAUGCAGCGAGUGCACGGCUCCGCGAGCGCUGCCGGCGCGGCUCGCAUGCAACGGAUUGUGUUUGUGUUCGGCGGAGAACGUGAUAGAGCAGGGCACGUGCAUGUGUUUGGUGAAGGGCAUUUUUUAUCAUUGCUCCAAGGACGAUGACGAUGUUGGAGACGCCUGCGCUGACAGGCCGUGUUCAUUAUCGCAUCCGCAGUGCUGCUCGCGCUUUCUGUGCAUGGGCCUGAUGGCGACGCUGUUCCCCUGCCUGCUGUGCUAUCUGCCCGCUAAAGGCUGCGUUAAAGCCUGCAACUCCUGCCAUGAUCGGCUGACGCGGCCCGGCUGCCGCUGCAAGAACUCCAACACUGUUUACUGCAAACUCCAGAGCUGGAACCAGACGCCGGGACACACGCCGGGGAAACCAUCCUGAGGCACAAACUGAUGGUGUAUGGGGGGUAAAAUGAGUAUUGCGGACACGACAGGAUUUCUCUCACUAAAAUACGAAGAGUUCAUCAAUGCCAUCAGACACUGUCUGCUGAAAUGAGCAUUUUGCUCAGCCUCCCAUGUCUGUGUUUGGUUAUUUGUGGCAUGAAAUGAAAGACUUUUUCCACUAUCGUAUUGUGCAUCUGAUUCAAACAGUCUUAAAAUGAGAAAAUACUA